AUGGAUGAAGGAAGCCUCAGAUUUGAAAAGGUUGAUUUGGGAAAGGAGGAUGUCUCCACCAUAACCAUAUACUUUGAUCCGAUCGAUUUGUCUACGCUGGCAGAUGCGACUCUAGUUACCAUCACGGUACCUGGGCCUAUUCCUUAUGACAAUGAUGACGCGGUACCGUGGCAUUAUGGUGGAGAGGUCUAUUGCAAUGGGGAGAAGCAGGAGGAUCAGGCUGCAGGUGAAACCACUGUUUCAAAGGAGGAUAAUGUCGGACCCAGUGGUUUCACUCACAGUGGAAGGGUUUUUGAAGAAGAAAUUAUAUACAGAGGGGGUACGGAUACGACAGUUAAUGGGAUACAUGUUUCAAAUUGGAACAUGGAUAACAUUGAGAAGUUGUUGAGUAGGUUAGGGUAUAAGGCUGAUUGUGUUAGGGUAUGGACAAAAGUUUUAGAAAUUCAAGAUGGUUUUUUUCUGAUUAGGAAAGAUGAUGAUGCUGUUGAUGAUUUUGCUCUAUACUUUAGUGCAAUGAAUGUGAAAGGAGAUUUGUAUGUUGAACAUAGUACUGGGAACAUGGACCCUGCUGAUAGGGAACCUAAAUGUGUGAAUGAUGAUGACCACCCCCCUGAUAAUGGAAUUGAUGGGUUAGAUGAGGAGAAGGUAGAGGGGUUAGAUGACAGUGAAGAUGAAAGAGCUACUGCUUACUUUGAUGGUUUUGAAGGAAUAGAUGUUACUAAGCCUAUUAGGAUGGAGCCCAAUAACAGUAUGGAGGAGCCCAAUAAGAGUAUGGAUUCAGAUGAUGUAUACUAUAGUGAUGAGUUGAAUAGUUCUGACCCAGAUGAUUCUUGUGAUGAAGAAAGGCCCAAGUAUGCUAGGUUUAGGAAAGAGCAUCUAAACAAAGACUUUAUAUUCAAGUGGGGUAUGGAAUUCAACACACUUGAUGACUUUAGGGCAGCUAUCCGUGAGUGGUCAAUGCUUAAUGGGAGGGAAAUUUCUUUUGUGAAAAAUGAGGGAGAUAGGGUAAGGGUGGUGUGUAAGCAUAAAUGUGGGUUUUUAGUCUUAUGCUCUAAGGUGGGCCACAAGGAGACUUUUGCUAUAAAAACACUUGUACAUAAGCACACAUGUGCUAGGGUUUUGAACAACAAGUCUGCUAGCUCAAAGUGGGUGGCCAAGCAUGUGGUAAAGAGGAUGCAAACUUCUGAUACAGUCAGGAUAAGAGACAUCAUCCAAGAUAUGAGGCAAACAUAUUCUGUGGGUAUUACUGUUGCAAAAGCAUGGAGGGCUAAGCUAAUUGCCAAGAAGAUAAUUGAAGGUGAUGCUGACAAUCAGUAUGCUUCCAUAUGGAGGUAUGCAGAAGAAUUAAGAAGGGUAAACCAUGGCAACACUGUGAAGAUAAAUGUAGAAAGACCUAGUCCAUCCAUACAACCAAGGUUUGGGUCAUUUUAUUUCUGUUUUGAUGGCUGUAAGAAAGGCUUUAUUCAUGGAUGCAGACCAUUUGUGGGGGUUGAUGGAUGUCACUUAAAGACCAAGUAUGGUGGACAGUUACUUAUUGCUGUAGGCAGGGAUGCUAAUGAUCAAUACUUCCCUUUGGCAUUUGGUGUGGUUGAAAAUGAAACAAAGGAGAGUUGGAGAUGGUUUAUACAACUACUAAUGGAGGACAUUGGUCAGGAUAGAAGAUAUGUAUUUAUCUCUGAUCAAUAG